AUGAAAGCUGCUGCGCAGAAUAAUAGUACGAAAAAUUAUGUGUUUUUACCGUUUUCCAAACGAGUAGACAAUUUGAAAAUCGAUGUUGCCCAUAAAGUACGCCGGGCAGCUGAUUUAGAAGAUGAAAAUCUUGAGUCGUACUUUAUCUCUUGUUUAAAUAAAUGGGUAGAAUUGAAUCUUUCGACUCAUUUUAAUAAUUUUUUCCGAGAUAUUUCUCCUUAUACGCAAUCGCUUCCUCAGUUAAUUUUUCACCAAGAGACUGUUUUCUCCAUCCUCGAAAAAUAUGCUAGUGAAGGUAAUUCGCUUUCUUUACAGCCAUUGUUGGAGUUGGUCACCCAGUUUGCUCGCGAUUUAACAACUGAGUUUGCUGUGUAUGUGGAUCGUACAUUAUUGUUACUAUCCAAACUUGUGCGUAGUACCGAGCUAGAAGUUGUCGACUGGUCUUUUCACGCAGUUGCAUACCUUUUUAAAUAUUUGAGAAAGAUUCUAGUUCCUCAAUUAAGCCAUAUUUAUGAUGUUCUGUCUCCAUUAUUAGGUAAACAAAAAGAAAAGGCUCAUGUCAUCCGGUUUACCUCGGAAGCUCUGUCCUUUUUGUGCCGCUUAUGCAAAGAAGAAAAUGCUUAUCCAUUUGUUCAUCAUAUUUUGAAUGACUUAAAUGAAAACUACUCGACUCAGUAUUUGGAGGGUAUUGUUAUCCUUUUUUCCCGCAUUAUCGAAGGCGUUGGUUCUAGUGUUCAUUCGAAAGGUAUCACUUUCUUAAGAAUCCUUAUGGAUCCUUCUAUUUAUGCAUUACCCAAAGCUACACCUGUUUGUAUCCCCGUUUUGAUUUCCAUCAUUCAUCAUUCCACUGUAGAGUCUUUUGUGGAAGUUCAGGAUGUACUUAUUCAAAAGAUUAGGGAGAAUCCUUUUCUUUAUAUAAAAUCAUUUGUUACCGUUGUCGCUACCCGAAAGGGUGGCAGACUUUCAAACUCUUCGACUUUCCUUGAAGUUUACAAAAAACUGUUAGAGACAAUUGAUUGGGAAUCUGCAGAAUAUUCUAAUUUAACAAUAGUAUACCAAUUGGGAGCAUAUCUUAUUACGUAUCCCGAGGUUCCUGCUGUUAUUCCUCACAGCACGCAUAUUUUAAGCUUCCUACAGCAAGGCCCUCCCUCAUUGUUUUUAUCGUUUGCUGACUUUGUUCAAAAGUUAAAUCAUCAAAGAUACGUUUCUUUUGUUAAGCCUGUAUUGUCCAAAUAUGUAUCCUCGCAUCCUGAUUUGGAUAUGAUUCACAUGGCUGUUAUGGAAAUAAUAUUCGACAAAGAAGUUUCUUUAACUCCCAACAUACUUAAUAUGGUUAGUGAAAGUUUGUCUAAAGUAUCUUUCCUGACCGAAAGUGGGGAGCCUUUGACUGAAAAUGAAUUGGCUUCCGUAUGGUCUCAAUUAAUUCUAAUAUCUUGUUCCAGUAUGGAUGGAGAUCAACUGUAUGAUUGUUGUUUGCGGCUUUUAGAAAAAACGGAAAGUUUAUCUUCACCCUCUUUGCUUUUUGGAAAUUUGGUGGGCUUAAUUUUAGGAAUUCUCAACGAAAAGUUAAGUAAAAAUUUAAAGAACAACUCAUCACGCGUACACAAGCUAAUGAAUGUGGUGCUGCCUAAGUUUGAACUGUAUUCCUCAAGCAAGUAUUUCUUGGAAAAUUUGAUACCAUUUGCAGCAAUGAAAGCUGGUUCUGUUGAGAAAUUUAUGGAUCCCAUAAUUAACUCCUUGCUAAAAAAUCUGGUAAGCGGUGCUGCUGGCCUUAGGGGCGUUUCAAUAAAUUUAGUUCUCACUAUAAUUGAACGCGUCAACGGACAGUGUUCGGCCCCUUUGCUACAUAUCAGGGAUUUAAUUCAAAUGCCACUUAGCCCUUCAACGAGCCGUGAUGCAGUUGUACUUGCUCGGAACAUUGUCAGCAAAAUAAAUCUACUUUCAGCACAAGAUCGGAAAAUCGCUUUAUAUUCUUUACUUGGAUGUAUCAUAGUUAGGUUUACUCCUGUCUGGAAGGAUUUCGCAAAGGCGAUAACAAACUUGGUCAAUAAAGAAUUAGAGGGAGAGUUCAUGAGUAUAAUGUUUACUUGGCUAUCUUCUCCCAAUCCCCCGGCAAAUUUGCUUACUGAAGAGCAACAGUCAACGCUUCGUUUUGAGCCUUCUGAAGUCAAUUAUCUUUCUUCAUUAGACAGAUACGAGUUUACUUGUCCUUCUUUUGCAGCUUCUGAAGAAACAUUUAGCACUUGCCUGUUCAAUUUUGAGGAACCUAGGGUGCAGAGCAUAAAAAAUUUGUUAAAGCCGUUGGAAGACGAUUAUUCGAAUCUUCCUUCGUAUCGUUCUCAAAGCUUACGUAUCUUGAAUGAAUCCUCUGAUUUGGUUUAUAGCCAUAUCGGUCAAAUCGAUGAGUAUCUCUUUAGUCUUCAACAUGGAUUCGAAUUAAAUACGGAUUGGUCUCGGCAAGAUGUGUAUAUGCUCUUAGGCCUUUAUUCACGUCUUCAAGGACAAGAACACACCAAAAAUGCAAGUAAACGAAAGGAGUUGUUUCUGUGGGGGCUUAGUGUUAGUGACUCCAAGGUGCAAUCUUCUGCACUGGAUGCAUUGUUAUGCUACAAAGACGAGAGCUUAAAUGUCUACGAAGGAAAUUUAAAGAACUUGCUUGAUGACAAAAAAUUCAGAGAUGAACUGACAACUUUCCUUUUUGUUAAUCCGGAGGACAGUAUAAUUCAGGAACCUCAUCGUUUAAAUCUUAUGCCUGUUGUCAUUGGAAUCUUGUAUGGGAAAAUGACCUCCGCAGCCUAUGGCGGUCAAAAAAAUCAAAAUGCUCGACGAUCCACUGUUUUAUCUACCCUUGGAAAUAUGAGGAUUUCGGAUCUAGAAUUAUUGAUAGGUUUGAUGCUCAGGCCCUAUGAAAAUUUGCCUCGUUAUUUUGUUGAUGAAACAGAUCCACUUGGUCUUGUGAAAUCAUUACCUGCGAUAUCUCAAAGACGUCAAAUUGGUUUCCUCUCAAUGGUUGAAGAACUUCUUAAGCAAAUCGCUUCGAAGUUAACACCUGUGGCACCCUCGAUUCUCAAUGCUGUUUUGUACAGUUUGUUGUUUGUAGAUCACUUGCUUGGUUCCAAUAACGACUCGGCCUCCCCUGAAGUCAAACUCGCCCACACUAUUCGCCAUAACUCAUUAAAAGUAUAUUUGUCGUUUUUGACCUCCUGCCCUGAAGUCGAUUUUGGUCCGUAUAAUGUGUUCUUAUUUAAAUACUUCGUUUAUCCUAAACUUCCUAAGUUUGCGACUGAGAAUACUCAAAGCGUUUCUACGCUUAUGCAAAUUUUCAGAGUAUGGUUUGAUAGUACUACAUAUUUGUCCUCAAUCUUAGAGUUUGGCAGUUCCGUAGUGGAGGUUUUGCUAGAUGUUAUCUGUCAAUCUACUGUUAAGGUACCUGUUAUUCUCUUUGUUUUUGAGGUUCUUAAUAGUGUCGUCUUGCACGCGCAAUCUGAAGAUACGGAGGAAAAAUUUAGACAAAAUGUUGCUUCAUUAGUGAUACUCCCCAACGUAAAUUUAAUUUUUCAAAAUCUGUCCGAUGUACUUGGAAAGCCGGCUUUUGCGGACAACAGUCGAGUUUUAGAUGGAUUAGUCGUGGUACUAACCAAUAUCUCUGAGUUCAUCUCUAGCGAACUCGAUUCGUCGCAUUUACUUGACUUACUCGUUCAAUUUUUGAAGAAGCCAAAAAGACUGGUGCCAAACCCUGUAAAAGCAAAUAUACUGGAGCUGUUCGCCCGUUUUCUUCCCAACAAUAAACCAUGGGUGCAAGCUUCAUUAGUGGAGUCCACAAAAUUUGAAGCAUUGAUGCAAAUGUACGCUCACAUUGAGGAACCUUCAUCUCGCAAAUCUUUGAACGGCAUAUUAAGAGCUUUCAGCGAUGUUAAUACCGAUAUUGCAUUUGGUUCUGUCUUUGCAGAAGAGGUUAACUCAUUUUCUCAAAAGCGACUUGAUGAACCUGAUUUUGAACGUCGACUGUCAGCUUUUACUUCACUUAACGAAAAACAUUAUGCCGAUAUCACUAAUUUAACUUGGUUACCCGUACUCUAUAACUGUUUUUUCUUUAUUCGAGAUGAAGAUGAAUUGUCUAUUAGGAGCAGUGCGACACUUGGAAUCAAGCGCUUCAUUGAUACGAUAUCUUUGGAAGAUGAGAUUAGUGCUUUCAAAGCAUCGUUAUUUCAAAAUUCUAUCCUUCCUAACAUAAAAACAAACAUGAGGCAUAAAAAUGAAUUUAUUAGACAGGAAUUCGUAUCUUUGCUUAAUUAUUCGAUUACGAAUCUCCCUACAUUUGAAAGUAUUUCUGACAUGCACGCCUUGAUUUUUGAUGGAGAUGAAGAAGCCAACUUCUUUAAUAAUAUUCUUCAUAUUCAAUUACAUAGAAGACGACGUGCAAUGAGGAGAUUGGCAACUAUAUGUGAUACAGGAAUUAUUAAAAGUUCAAACAUCUCACAUAUAUUUUUACCUCUGUUAGAACAUUAUUGUUUUUCCAUAAAUAUUCCUCAGGCGUUGAUUGAUGAUACUGUACUAACUAUUGGCGAUAUUGCUAAAUGGUUGCAAUGGAACCAAUAUCAGGCAAUUUUGAAACGCUAUAUUGGAUUGCUAAAAAAUGUGUCUAUGGAUCAGAAGAUCGUUAUCCGUUUGAUAAAUGCUUUAGUAACUGCCUUAAGACCAUUAGAGGUUGCUGUCGCAUCUUAUAACAAACCAGAUGAGAUGGACAUGGAAGUAGACAAACCAGAUGAAAUGGACAUGGAAGUAGACAAUAAUGAUAAGUUGACAUACAGGAAUGCUCUUACCGAUAGCUUGCCAGAAAAGUCGAAGUUGACUGCUUGUUUCGAUCAUCAAAUUCUUCCUCCCUUGCUUCUUUACCUUCAUAUAAGAGAGGAAUCAACAGUCAUGCUUCGUGUUUCAAUUGCUUUGUCAAUAGUACAGUUAAUUGCUUUGCUUUCGGAUGAGCAGAUCGCGUUACGCUUACCUUCUGUACUAAUCGACAUUUGCCAUAUCCUUCGAAGUCGAGCCCAAGAUUCACGAGAUGCUACUCGAAAAACUCUAUCCUCUAUUGCGAAAGUUUUAGGGCCCAAGUAUUUCUCGUUUAUCCUUAAUCAACUGAGAAUCUCUUUGCAAAGAGGUUACCAAUUGCAUGUUCUUGGGUAUACUGUGCAUUCACUCCUGGUCACGGUUGAAGAGGUAUAUCCUUAUGGUUCUCUUGACUACUGUUUGGAUAACCUCUCCACUAUAUUUGUUCAUGAAAUAUUUGGUGAAGUAGGAUUAGAGAAAGACGCAGAAGAAUACAAGUCCAACGUUAAAGAGAUUAAAGGGAAUAAGAGCUUUGAUUCCUAUGAAAUUGUUGCUCGUAUGUCUGGUAUCGAAAGCCUUGGUAUACUUUUACGUCCUGUGAAGAAUGUUUUAUCUGAAACGACAUACCCUAGAUCCUUAAGAAAAGUGGAUGAAUUGUCUCGAAGAUUGUCUAUGGGUGUUAUGGCUAAUAAGCAAAGCGCAACUCAAAAGGCUUUGAUUUUUUGCUAUAAUGUUUUUGAUUACGUGGCGAAACAGAAUGCUAUUAUCUCUGCGAACGAUAAUCAUGAAGGACAGCAGAGGAAACCCAACCAUUUCGCCAAGAAUUCGAAAAAGCUUGUUAGAUUUGCAUUGGAUGCUCUUCGUGGGAUUAUUACAAGACAUAAGGAGCUACUUACCUCUCAAAAUAUGGCUGGAUUUGUUCCCAUUAUCGGUGAUGCAUUGUUAAGCGAUUCUGAAGAGCUAAAUAUAUCUGCUCUACGUAUUAUAGUUGUUUUACUCCCAUUGAAAAUGUCACAGCUUUUUUCAGGAAGUUCUGUUUUCAUUUCCCAGGCUAUUAAGUUGAUACAGAACUCUCCGACUACGAACUCUGAUUUGUGCCAAGCUAGUCUUAAAUUCAUUGCUAGUAUUUUGCCUUACGAAGGUGUUGAAAUUAAAGAAUCUGCUUUAAGCUAUCUUUUGGAAAGGAUAAGCAGUGACAUAGAAGAGCCUGAUCGCCAGGGUGUUAUGUUUUCUUUAGUUAGAGCUAGCAUUGUUCGAAAAGCUAUGUCAGCGGAACUUUAUAAACUAAUGGAUAAAAUCCGUGAUAUGAUGGUUACUAACCAUACGAAAUCAACCCGCCAAACUUGUCGUCAUUUGUACUAUGGUUUCCUUUUGGAUUUCCCACAAGGGAAAACAAGGUUUGCGAAGCAAAUGUCCUUUAUCUUAAAAAACCUUGAAUAUGAAUUUGCACCCGGCAGAGAAUCAAUAAUGGAAUUAUUGCAUGCUAUUCUAAAUAAUUUUAGUAACACUCUCCUGAGAGAGUAUCUUCAUGGAAUAUUUCUUGCUCUGGUAAUGGUUUUGGUCAAUGACCCUGAACCACAUUGUCGGGAGAUGUCUGCUGAACUUAUAAGAAUGGUUUUCCAGCGAGUAGACGAAGAAAGUUAUACCUUAAUUAGACAACUUUUGUUUACUUGGAUUUCAAACAAGUCUAAUACUGGUAAGAAUUUAAGCCGAGUUGGAAUGCAACUGUUUGGGCUGCUAUUUGAGAUUUAUGGAUUUGAAAAAACUCAAGAAGUUAAAGUUUUCACUGGAGUAUUGAUUGAUGUUGUUCAAACGGCAAUAGACAAAGCUGAUGAUGCCCUAGAUGAGUGGGAAAUGCUUUAUUUCGGUCUUCAGUCAUGGCUUAAACUUGUUAUUGCUAAUCCAGAAAAGGCUUGUAGUCGUGAUUAUGAACAAAUUUGGACUCGCCUUCGUUAUGUUCUUCUUUUUAAGCAUUCGUGGGUUCGACUUUCUGUUUCACGCCUUUACGGUUACUUCUUUGCGAUAGCUGGCAACUCGAGUUUCAAUCAAGUGAACUUAAAAGCGUCUGAAGUAGAAUUUGAACUGGAUUUCGUUUUGCAAAUUUCAAAUGCAAUGCAGGCUCAAUUACGCAGUUCUUCCCUUACUGAGGAAUUGGGAACACAAGUUGUUAAAAACUUGGUAUUCUUAACUCGCUGGUUUAACAGUAUCCGAAAUGCAAACUCUGAACCCUUUUUGGAGAUUUUUGGACGUAUGUAUAAGAGCUUAAGGAAACAAAGGGUUGAGAGCAUGGAUCUCAGCAAGAAAUACAUGAUUCAAUUCUUCGUGAUUAUUAUUCGAAUCUUUUCAACUGAUGAAUUACUACCUGUUAUAAAGGAUAUUUUAAGCGCUUUGUAUAGAUAUACUGAGUUGAAUGAGGCGGAAAAAAACUUACAACAAGAACUUGUAGAUACUGUGAUUGAGUCUCUUGAUGUCCUUCAGUCCAAGGUUGGAACAACUGAAUAUAUCAAUGCAUAUCAAGAAGUUCGUCAAGCUAGUCUAGAUGUUAGACGCGAACGACGUGAGAAACGAGCUAUCGAGCAUGUUGUUGAUCCAGGGACUGCUGCUAAGAAAAAGCUACGUAAAUAUGAGAAGAAGCACGAUGUUCGCAAAGGAAAAACACAGCAUCAAAAGAUGUUGAAUGCUGUCUUUAAAAAAAGGUAA